UCAUGGGACCAAGUAAUUCCAGCGCACCCAUUCAGCGGCCUCAGGUCAUAAUCCCAAAGCAUGCCGCCGGUAGUUGUAGUUUCUAAGUUGCGCCAGUCAGGCCGUACAGACACCUGAGAGCAGAGAGCGGAAGUCGCUCGUGCAGCCAUGGUCUCGGCUCCUGUGUCGCUCUGGGCCAUCUGCGUGCUGCGCGUGGCACUGGCCACUGUGUACUUCCAGGAGGAGUUUCUAGACGGAGAGCGCUGGAGGAACCGCUGGGUGCAGUCCACCAAUGACUCUCAGUUUGGGCACUUCAGAGUCUCAUCGGGAAAGUUCUAUGGGCAUAAAGAGAAAGACAAAGGCCUGCAGACGACCCAGAACAGCCGAUUCUAUGCCAUCUCUGCGAGCUUCAAGCCGUUCAGCAACAAAGGGAAGACCCUGGUAAUCCAGUACACGGUGAAGCAUGAGCAAAAGAUGGACUGCGGUGGUGGUUACAUCAAGGUGUUCCCGUCUGAUCUGGAUCAGAAGAAUAUGAAUGAAAAGUCUCAGUACUACAUCAUGUUUGGACCUGAUAUUUGUGGGUUUGAUAUAAAGAAAGUUCAUGUUAUAUUAUAUUUCAAGAAUCAAUAUCAUGAAAAUAAGAAGCCAAUCAGAUGCAAGGUAGAUGGCUUCACGCAUCUCUACACCCUGAUCCUAAGGCCAGAUCUUUCUUACGAGGUGAAAGUUGAUGGCCAGUCAAUUGAGUCUGGCAGCAUUGAGUAUGAUUGGAACCUGACAUCGCUGAAGAAAACGGAAAAGACGUCACUGGAGUCUAGGGGCUGGGAUCAGGUGGAAGGCAGUAAAGCCCAGGAUUGGGAAAAGCACUUUCUGGAUGCCAGUGCCAGCAAGCCGAGUGACUGGAAUAGUGAGCUGGAUGGGGACUGGCUACAGAAGCCACCAUACGAGGAUGGCCUGAAAGCUGAGGGCAUCGACAAGGACAUAUGGCUCCACCAGAAGAUGAGACCCGCUGGCUACCUGACGCAGUACGACCUCUCAGAGUUCGAAAACAUCGGCGCCAUUGGUCUAGAGCUGUGGCAGGUGAGAUCUGGAACCAUCUUUGAUAACUUCCUGAUCACAGAUGAUGAAGAAUAUGCAGAGAAGUUUGGCAAAGCCACCUGGGGGGAAACUAAGGGUCCAGAAAAGGAGAUGGAUGCCAUACAGGCCAAGGAAGAAGUGAAAAAAGCUCGUGAGGAAGAUGAGGAGGACCUGCGGCUGGGGAAGUUUCACAGACACCGCCAUUUCAGCAGAUCCCACAGGCAGGGUGAACUAUAGUCAUCCUCACUCCGCAUGCUGAUGAUUGACCCAGCCGCAACUCUAAUAAUACACAUCUCAAUGUUCACAUG